GUACUCGUGUAAUUAUGAAAGUUGUACCCGCUGCUACAAUGUCCGAGCAUCGUUUUUCAGACAUUUUAAAAAGCACUUCAACAAUGAACUCGAUCAUAGAAACACGAACUUUGAUGCGGUUCCUCAGAAUAACGAAUACUUUACAAUGAAAUCCGAAGCACAAACACCGCAACCAAACGACCUUCAACCUGAAAAAGACGAGCAUAAGGAUUCCUACAAUAAUAUCGAAACACCUGCCACCGACGCUGAAAAUUCCAAUAUCAUUGAUAUUACAGCACUAGAAAAUCAAAUGCGUAAUCUGAGUAUCGGUUUCAAUUUGAAAUGGUUGGAUGUCAAUGUGUUACCGAGAAAAGUUGUUUUUGAAAUACAACAUGACGUGCAACAAAAAAUUCUCAAGCCUUUAGAAGAUGUUGUCAAUACUAUGCAAACCGUUGGCCUACUUUCUAUGGAGGCUCAAACUAUUUUCAAAAAAAUGUUUGCGAUGUUUGACGGAACAGAAACUGAGUAUAAGUUUAUUGAAUGUUUAAAAUCCGCCGACUUAUAUGUAGUCCCAAGAGAAUUUGUGAUAAGCAAUGAACUACGCCCUGGUGUCAUUCACAACGAACAAGGAAUGGAUAACGAUCCGAUUACAGGAAUCCUAAUGCCAAUAAAAUUUCAAUUAAGGAAGUAUUUGGAAUCACCGUUAGUUUUUGAUACAAUUCUGGACAAUCUUACACCAUCACAAGAUGGUUAUAUUCGCAGCCUCGUGGACGGAACAAUAUGGCAACAAAGAAGAGCCAAAAUAGACUGCAACAUUGUUAUUCCGUUAAACUUCUUUUUCGAUGAUUUCACCACUAAGGACACGGUUUCACCUCAUGCAUCCCGCACAUCCAUAUUAGGAAUAUAUUACUAUAUUCCAUGUCUUCCAGGAUAUAUUCUUGCAAAAUUAGCCAACAUAUUAGUUGCCGGAUAUAUGUUAUCGGAAGAUAGGAAGGAAUACGAGAAUGAAGAUUUGUUCAGCAAUUUAGUGCACACCUUGAUAGAUUUAGAAGUGAAUGGUCUAACAAUAUCAUACAAUGGUACAGAUGUAACAGUUCAUUUUAUGUUAGGAUUUAUAACUGGCGAUAAUCUGGGUGUUGCAGGAAUUUUGGAUUUAGUUGAAUCGGCACGAGCCAAUUUUUAUUGCAGAAUGUGCAAACGUAACCGCGAACAAAGAGAAAAAGAUGCUACGGAAUAUGAACAAACAUUCAGGACCAUUGACGGUUACGAAAAUGAUUUACUACUUAAUGAUGUUUCUAACACUGGUGUUCAUAAGAACAGUGUAUUCAAUCAAAUCCCAUCAUAUCAUGUUGUUUUAAAUGUCUAUUUUGAUCUCAUGCACGAUCUAUGGGAAGGAGUGUGCAUGUAUGGCCUUUCGCAUUGUUUGAAUUACUUCAUCAAAGUUAAAAAAAUGUUUAGUCUUAACGAACUCAAUUGUAGGAAAAACGUAUUUGUUUUUGGGAGCACAAAUUCAUCUAACAUACCAAACGAUAUUAAAGAUACUAACAUAAUUAAGAGUAAAAUCAAAAUGACUGCCAGCGAAAUCAAAACUUUAAUAACAUUUUUUCCACUGAUAAUUGGAAUGUUGAUUCCAGAGGAUGAUCCAGUUUGGUCAUAUUUCUGUAAUCUUUUAAAACUAUGUCAUAUUCUAAUGUUACGCGAAAUACAUCCAAAAUUGUUAGAUACAUUGAAAUCAUUAGUCGAAACCCAUCACACGCAAUAUCAACAACUAUUCAACGACACGUUAAAACCCAAACAUCAUAAUAUAAUCCAUUAUGCAUCUUUUAUUCUCCGUUCGGGUACACCACGACAUCAGUGGGCAAUGCGAGGGGAAGGCAAACACCGAGAUGCCAAACAGUACAGCAGGGUCAAUAACAACAAUACAAAUCUAUGUAAAUCUUUAAGUAUAAAAGCCGGGUAUAAGUUUGCUCAGAACGUUUACAACAGCAGUUUUGUUACUCCUCAAAUAGAUCUCAGCAAUUCCAAAAUUCUCGAUUAUCCAUCAGAUAUUACUUUUAAUUCAUUUGUAGCUGAAAAAAUACGUCUUUUAAAUAAUUCAGUACAUUUCAUAGAUAGUUUUAUAAAACAAGGAUCCACAUUCAGUCAUGGUACAAUUUUUUAUGUAACCUACUGUAAUAUCAUUAAUAUUUUUGAACUGGAUUGCAUACUGAAAGACAAAAGCAACAAUUUAAUUCUAGUCUGUAGUAGCAUCAUGUGUCGUAGAUUUGACGAGCAUUUGCAAUCUUAUGAGGUUUAUAAAACACAAGUACCCAAAUUGAUCUCAAAUAUUGGUUGUUACGAAACACACACCAUCAACAUACAUAGCGUAAAUGAUAAAUUAUAUUUCAGAUUUUGUAAUUUUAAUGUAACGGAUAAGGUUAUUGAAUCAUUAUUUGUAAAUUAAAUGUAAAUAAAAUCAAAAUGGAGAGAAAA